GUGUUCAUUUGAGGUGCUUACAACGUCUUAGUUAUCUGAUUUGAACUCGAGUACAGGAGGCCUUUGUCAAAUACCCAUAGUAAAUCUGAAGAAGAAAAAGUGAUGGAGAGUGAGAGAAAGGUUGAAGUGGGAGAGAAAAGGGGGGUUCGUUUGGUUCUCUUUACAUUGCCCUUGCAAGGCCACAUAAAUCCCAUGCUUCAGCUAGCCACCAUCCUCCACUCCAGAGGCUUCUCCAUCACCUUCGUCCACACUCACUUCAACUCUCCCAACUCCUCCAAUUACCCACACUUCACCUUCAUCCCCAUAUCCGAUGGCUUAUCAGACGCUCAAGCUUCCAUGGAAGAUGUUGUAGCGCUUUCAGCAGCCCUUAAUGUCAGCUGCGUGGAGCCAUUUCGGGAGCGUUUGGCUCGGUUGUUGUCUGAUCAGUCAGAAGAGCCGAUUGCUUGCUUAAUCUCUGAUGUGAUCAUGCACUUUACUCAAUCUGUGGCCGACAGUCUUAAGCUUCCCAGAAUUGUAUUACGGACCAGUGGCGUCUCGGCCUUUCGUGCCUUUGCCGCCUUCCCGAUCUUGAGGCAGAAAGGUUUCAUUCCAAUUGCAGCAGAUGCCGAACUGGAGGCACCGUUGCCGGAUCUUCCACCUCUCAGGGUCAAGGACAUCCCUGUGGUCGACACGCAAAACGCUGAGACGCUGUAUGAAUUGAUGGAUAAAUCAACCAAUCAAGCAAAGUCCUCUUCGGGAAUCAUCUGGAACUCCUUAGAACACCUCGAGCAUGAAUCACUGACUGCACUCCGACAAGAAUUAGGGAUUCCCAUGUAUCCUAUAGGCCCCUUCCAGAAGUACUGUUCAUCCUCUUCAAGCAGCUUAUUGGCACAGGACCGUAGUUGCAUUGCUUGGCUAGACAAACAAGCACCCAAGUCCGUCAUCUACGUGAGCUAUGGGAGCAUAGCUGCCAUGACUGAAACCGAAUUUGUGGAGGUUGCUUGGGGAUUGGCCAACAGCAACUGCCCCUUCUUGUGGGUGGUUCGACCCGGGUCAGUCCGUGGUUCAGAAUGGAUAGACGCACUGCCCCAUGAUUUCCUUGAGACGGUAAGUGGAAGAGGUUGCAUUGUCAAAUGGGCUCCCCAAGAUGAAGUGCUGGCCCAUCCUGCGGUGGGUGGAUUCUGGACCCAUAAUGGAUGGAAUUCGACGUUGGAGAGUAUUUGUGAAGGGGUCCCAAUGCUCUGUCGGCCUUAUUUUGGAGACCAGAGGGUGAAUGCAAGAUAUGUGAGCGAUGUAUGGAGGGUAGGGGUGCAAUUGGAGAAUGAAUUGGAGAGAGGAGCAAUAGAGAGUGGCAUAAGAAGAUUGAUGGUGGGCAAAGUAGGGGAGGAGAUGAGGAUGAGGGCUUUGAAAUUGAAAGAGCAAGUAGACCUUAGUCUUGAGAAGGGAGGUUCUUCCGAUCAGUCCCUAGAGGCCUUGAUCGCCUUUCUGUCCUCAUUCUAAAUAUACUGCUAGAUUUGGUGCUUCAUCAAUUGCUGAGUUCUGUUGUUGGAUAGAGUGUUCAGGACUUGGAGUUCAGAGGGAGAUAACUUGGUGGGCUUUACUGGAUUUGUACUGGUAGCUGCUCUACUAGCAGUCUCAUGUGGUUCUGAAGGGCUAAAUUUGGAGGGGCAACUCCUUCUGGAACUCAAGAAUGGCCUAUACGAUGGUUUUAACCAUUUGAGCAAUUGGAAUCCCAGAGAAGAGACACCCUGUGAAUGGAAGGGUGUCAAUUGCACACUCGACUACAAUGCACUAGUGGUCUGGUCUCUUGAUCUACAUUCCAUGAAUCUUUCUGGAACUCUACAUUCGAGCAUUGGUGGUCUAGUCCACCUGACUUACCUCGACUUAUCAUACAAUGAUU